CUAUCGUGGGUGAUUGAGAAGGUUUUAGCACUACAGAACUCAUCAUAUUUUUUUGUUUGUGAGCAUUCAGAAAAACAAGCGACGAAAACAGGAACAAAAAUGUUUUUUUCGCUGUGCUUUGGAUUGUUCUUACUCCAUGGAAUGUGUAGUGUACAGGCAGCAUCAGUUCGUGGGACGAACCAGCUGGCCUCCGUUCAAAGCGGAGAUUCCUACGCCAGAAUUGAAAACGAUCGAGGUGACACGCAAAUGUCUGGACAGUUACGGCAAGAUAACUGCCGAAACGACACAACGCGUGCCGAACAAAACACCGGGGGAACAUUUCCAGAGCUACGCGGAAGUUGAUAAGACCGGAAACGCCCUUUCGUCCAGUAGCCAGGGAAACUCGUAUAAUAACGCGGGUGUUGGUAAUGUGAACCCGUUACAGGGAUUCGGCAACAACUUUGGAAUUCCACAGAUCACGUUUCCAGGAUGGCCAGACCUUGAAAAAUCUCAGAGGCUCUCUAUUGACAGUGUAACCGAUGAAUUUAAUUAAAUUGAAUUUGCACUGUACUGUAAACCUAUAUUCUCCUCUAUAUACAAUAAACGUGUAAUUUCUUUCUCUAUUACC